AGCCCAGCUUGUAUGAAAUACAAGGAAUCCGGGGGCUAUUUUCAGUGUAAAGUGGCAUCCUGCUGAGAGAAGGGAGGCACUGAAUAUAUUGUAAGUCCUGCAGUGUGUCAGGCGAGCGCUGAGGACUAGUUUUCCACUUGUUCUUCUAUUGCCAGGGAAGAGAAGUCUCCGAGUCUGCGGUGCACAGUGCCAGCCAAGAGUCUGCGUUUGAGAUGACUCGUGCCUGAGCCGGCGAGACGGAGCAGCCCUCCCGGCUGCUCCUGAGAAGCUGCUGUCCUGCAGAAGGGAAUGUUGCGGUGGGCGGUGCACCUGGAAGGAGGCCCGCGAAGGGUGAACCAUGCCGCAGUGGCCGUUGGACACAAAGUCUACUCCUUCGGGGGUUACUGUUCGGGUGAGGACUAUGAGACGCUCCGACAGAUCGACGUGCAUGUCUUUAAUGCAGUUUCGCUUCGCUGGACGAAGCUCCCGCCUUUCCAUUCGGAGCGGAGAGAUCAGACGCCUCCGGUGCCGUACAUGAGGUAUGGCCACACUGCUGUGCUCGUCGAUGACACCAUCUACGUCUGGGGCGGAAGGAAUGACACAGAAGGAGCAUGCAAUGUGUUGUAUGCGUUCGAUGUCUACUCUCACACCUGGUCCACCCCGAAGGUCCACGGCCCAAUUCCUGGCGCUCGGGACGGGCACUCUGCCUGCGCUCUGGGCAAGUUCAUGUUCAUAUUUGGAGGCUACGAACAGCUGGCUGACUGCUUUUCCAAUGAUAUCCACCGUCUCGAUACCGUAACAAUGACAUGGACCCUGGUGAAUGCAAAGGGUAACCCAGCCAGGUGGAGAGACUUCCAUUCAGCCACAGUGCUGGGCAGUCGGAUGUAUGUGUUUGGGGGCAGAGCUGAUCGAUUUGGACCCUUCCACUCCAACAAUGAGAUCUAUUGCAACCGCAUCAAAGUGUUCGACACGGAGACCAACCACUGGCUCGACUCUCCUACCACCCAGCUGUUGCCCGAGGGAAGGCGCAGCCACUCUGCAUUCGCAUACAACAGUGAACUUUACAUAUUCGGUGGGUACAACGCACGGCUCGACAGACACUUCAAUGACCUGUGGAAGUACAAUCCAGAGACGGCGACAUGGAGGAAGGUUGAACCGAAGGGUAAAGGGCCCUGUCCACGACGGAGACAGUGUUGCUGCAUGGUGGGAGACAAAAUUAUCCUCUUCGGAGGCACCAGUCCAUGCCCGGAGCAAGGAAUGGGUGAUGAAUUUAACCUAAUGGAUCACUCUGACCUCUACAUCCUGGAUUUCAGUCCAAGUCUGAAGACCUUGUGCAAACUGGCAGUGAUUCAGUACAGCUUGGAUCAGUCCGUGCUCCCUCAUGACAUCAGGUCGGAGCUAACAGCAAUGACAACAAACAGCAACAUCAGUCGGCCGAUCUUCUCCUCCCAUGGAUAAACCACUUCUCUUCACCCAGCCCCGUGACAGGGCGACUCCCCGCACACUGUGCCUUGUCUCGUGGUAGGGGCAAGGGCCAAGGACAUAACCUCACGAUGCCAAAUGAUGGGGAGCUGGCAGUUCCCAGGACUGGGCUUUGCAGUGCAAUGUUUCCUGGUCGGGAGAUGUCUUGUCGACACACAGGCAUGCAUCACCAUCCAUUCCCCCACCCUCACCCACCUCCCCAGCACGAAGCCGUGCCGGGUGUUUUACCGAAAGGUGCUUGAUGCAGGAUAUACCUCAUGUCAGCCUGAGCUUUUUCGCUGCCCUGCUGAGACACCCACCACCCCACGAGCCAAGGGGCUCCACAUCUGUGGGAGAUUUCCCAGUUGUGUGGUUGGAGUGCGGGGGUGACCAGCUGUUUUAUUAAAGUAAAUUGUUUUUGGGACGGGUGCAAAUGACAAUGUUGUGACUGUUCAGUGUGUGAGGAGGAGCGAUUUGGGGAAGGGGUCAGAGGGGACUGAUGGCCCAGGGCAGCAUGAGGUCGGUGUGGGGAAGGGCGGGGUGUGGACAGGCAGGGCCCGUUACCUCUGCAUGUCACCCAUUCCUCAAAGCAGUUCUGGACUGCCCAUUCACUAUCAACCCCGUCUCCCGCCAUCCUAAUGCUGCUUGGUGAUCUAUCUGCACAGACAGCAUUGGACAGCUCCCAAACACAGUCACUGGACUGAUUUCUUCCCCCUCCGUCCCAGACCCGGGCUUCCCCAACCACCAAACCUAAGGUCACUGGUGAUGCCAGAGUGUAGGCUGAUUUUUCCCUCUCCCGAACCCAGGGUCAUUGCGUAGUAAGAGGGUGUGGGACCCAGGGCUAAUUCUGCGUCGCCAGUUCUGGGUUAUUGGCUGUGACAGAGAGCAGGGAACAGGAGCUGAUUUCCCAGAUGGACGGACCAUGAACUCUGGACAGUGGACCCGUACCCACGGCCAAAGUGAGCCCUGUACCAUCUGGUUAUCAGCCCGGGUUGCGAGCAAAUAUUUUUCAUCUUUUUGUAAAAAUCCUAUAUUUCAGUGGACGUAUAAAAUAUUAAAGUCGGCGUUUUCUGAGUCCGUGUGUUGGAACC